AACAGCGUCAAAGAUCCGACCAAGUGAUAUUGACAAUUGGAUAACCAUGUUGAUUUGAGGAUUGCUAAAACAGCUCCGUGUCCUGACCACUUCAGUGUCGAAGAUUUUCAUCGACCCAAACAAUCUGUGUUUCAAGAAUUGUUUAUUCAUUUGCACUUAAUGAGGAGAGAUGGAAGAUCUCAACACUCGUGUUCAAAGGAAGGACAGAAAACAAGUAACAAUAAAUGAAAACAUUGCAGAACUUGAAGAAAUAUUUGAAGAUGACAAACCAAAGAGAUUAGUAACCACUGAACAAAAACGUGCAAGUGAAUACGCUUUGAUUCAGUAUUUAUCAACACUUGUGAAGAAAAGAAAUCUUAUAGAAUCUUUCGAUUUUCGUUUUGUUGAGUAUUUGCUAGAGAACGGAGCCAAUAUUAACAAUUGCGAUGUCAUUGGACAAUCACCAUUUCAUAUUGUUGCCAAGUAUUGGAACAUUGACGUGGCAAGGUUCUUACUUGAUCACGGUGCUGAAAUCGAUGCCCAGGAUUGCUUCGGUCGUUCACCUUUGCACGAUGCUUGUGAGUUAAAUUACGACGACAUGGUUGAAUUUCUUCUUCAGAAUGGCGCAAAUAUCAACAUCCAAACUUAUGAUCAGAAACAA